UCAACAUGUUCAURCUUGCUCGUUGAAGCGUCACUGAAGCCGAUAUUUUUCUCUAUUUUCAAACCRAAAUCAGCCUAUAUUUGAAYAUWUUCGAACACUUAUCUAGAAGCACUUAUUAUCUUUGAAAUUUCUGAGAUUCAGGUGGUGUUAAAAGUUAUAAAUUCUUUGUGYUUAACCAAGUUGUAAGAUGUCUCUCGUAAGUGACAAUUAUUCAACUUCUAAUUGACUUCUCAUGUUCUUUUAUGACUUCUACAUUGAUUUGCACGCUUGUUUAAAGACUUGUUAGAAGUGUUACUUUCACGAAAAAGGUUUCACGCUCUGAUUUUUUAACUGUAAAAUUGUUGUAUUUAAGACUCRAUCUCCAAGAGRUGCCUUCCARUUCAAAACGCCGAUGAAGUUUGAUCCAGCCGCGGCUUCAAAGCCUUCACCAUCYAGAGACGAAAUAUGGAGGMAAGAGUUAGGAUUUGGAGAUUCGGAAGACGAUUUAUCUAAUACAGAUGAUGAGCCAGAAGUUGAUCAAGUACUUGCUGAUAAAGCGUCUUUGGUUGAGGUGCAAGCCCUACAGACUGAACUUAAACAGAAGGAACAACAGAGAGAGGAACUACUAACAAAACUCAAGACUCUAUCAGAAAAGACAACAAACUACAAAACCAAGUUACAAAAAGCAGAGCAAAGUAAAAAGUCGCAGAUCAAAAUCAUGAAAAAGACACAGGAAUCCCAGUUACAAAUGAAAGCGGAACUYAUCUACAACCUUGAAGAGCUGAUAGAAGAACAAGAAACGAAGAUAUCAGAAUUGGAAUCUAGGAUCAAAGGAGGCACAGUUUCACCUACUCCUGCUGCUGGGAAGGCAUCAAGUAUAAAAAAGCUGGUCGACUCAAUCAAUGACUUGCAUUCAGAGAAAAAUAGAAUUUAUGAAACAUGGUUGUCCACCCAAUCWGAACUYGAAACYGUAAGACAGGAACACAAAGUUGACUUAGAGAAAUUAAAGUGGGAAUUGUCAGACAUGGAAAGCAAGAACAGAAAAUUACAYGUAGACAAUGUCAAAUUACAAGGGGGUGGGAAUGUUGUAYUGGAGAAUAACAACAACAUCAAACAACAACAACUUCAGGAAGAAAACGAUGUUCUGAAAGCUAAAGUCAGGGAUCUUGAGCAAGAACUCAACACCCAUGAGGCRGCAGCUAAGGAAAGUAAAAAGAAAACAGAUUUAGAAAUGAUGGAAUUAAGAAAGAAACUGAGAGACACCGAGACAAAGUAUACUAACUUGGCCAGUACUCCUCCAAAGGUGAGAACAGUUUCCAUCGUCUCAGAAGAAACACAGAAACAACUCGAUGAAAUGAUUCAGCAAAACAARCAACUAGAAAACUUGCUGGGAACAACAAGGCGAGAGCUGAGCGCGAAGAAUACAGCAUURCAAGCCGAACUCAAGUCAUUAAAAUCAACAAACCUYGAGCUGACAACAAGAGAACAGAAGACAAUGGCGGAAUGUCGURGCUUGAAAGACUCUUUGAAAAACGCCCAAAAACUAGAACGGUCGCUGCGCGAAAAGGAUGAAAAAGUAAAAUCGAUGGAAGGGGAGGUCUACAAGUUAAAAGGAGAAAUGGAGCUUCUUCAUAAGCAAACUCAGAGGGAAAAAGAGCGCAUGGACUUCGAGAUUAAAAAGAUAAUCGAAGAUGAGAAACUUAACUCGGAGAAAGCCACCAGAACAAUGAAGGCAAAACUGGACAAUACCGUGCUUCAAGUCAAGCUUCURUCGACAGUCAUUCAACAAAUUAAGAGGCAAUAUAAGGAUUUAAAGAUCGAGUCUUUGAAGAUGGCAACUGCCAUUAAACCAGCUAUCAAAGAUGCGCAGAAACAGAUUCUUCAAAGAAUCGAAGGAAUCGACGACAAAAACAAGGAGUUACUUACAAAGUACAGAAAAGAAAUGGGGCUGCGCAAAAAGUAUCAUAACGARCUCGUCGAUUUAAAAGGCAAUAUACGGGUCUACUGUAGAGUCAGGCCUCUCAUUCGAGAGGAUGGCGCAGGCAAGAUGGCUGAAAACGUCGUCUCUUUCGAUGAAGAUGACGACGGAAUUUUAAGUGUUUUAUCGAGAGGAAGAACGAAUUCAUACGAAAUGGACAGAGUUUUUCGACCCGAGUCCACACAAGAACAGGUUUUCGAUGAAGUCAGGCCACUAGUAAUAUCCUGCAUUGAUGGUUACAAUGURUGCAUCUUUGCAUACGGACAGACCGGAAGCGGCAAAACAUUUACAAUGGAAGGUCCCGCUGACAACCCCGGAAUCAACCAAAGGGCUUUAAGCUUGUUAUUUUCCGAGACAAAUGAUCGACGAAGUGACUGGCACUACAGUGUCACUGUAAGUGUCAUGGAGAUCUAUAACGAAAUGCUCCGGGAUCUCCUUGCUGAUGACUCAAGUGCCAAACUGGAUAUCAAACAGGGAAAAGAAGGUCUCUAUGUACCUGGUCUGCGUGAGAUUUCGGUUUCUAAUCUUCAAGAGUUGAACGACGUCUUCGAGCUCGGAAAGAAGAACCGAGCAACAGCCUUCACCGACAUGAAUGAGCACUCUUCCCGCUCACACGCUUUGCUCUGCGCUACGGUGAUUGGUGUAAAUAAAACCACUGGAGUUAAGACAACAGGAAAGCUGAAUCUGGUUGAUCUUGCUGGGAGUGAGCGCGUCUCAAAAAGUGGAUCGGAAGGAGCUCGCAUGAAAGAAGCUCAGAACAUCAACAAGUCCUUGUCUAGCCUGGGCGACGUGAUUCAUGCUUUGAAAAAUAAAAGUGCGCAUGUCCCAUAUAGGAACUCUAAACUCACCUAUCUUCUGCAGGAAUCGCUAGGUGGAGACUCGAAGACGCUAAUGGUGGUACAAGUUGCACCUGUCGAGAAAAACGCAAGCGAGACAGUAUGUAGUCUUGUGUUUGCGCAACGUGUUCGCACCGUAGAGCUUGGCCAAGCUACCAAAAAGACCGAGACUGCUGCUGCUGCCCAGUUGAAGGACAGGCUCAGAGAAUAUGAGGGUGGAUCACCAUCGAAGGCGAAGAGUUCCUCUUUACCUCGACCACGUCUCAGAUAGAAUAUUUCAUUGACUGUAAAUAUGUAAUAUAUAUAAUAACUAUAUAUGUACAAUAUGUAAGAUAUUCAUUCAAGUAAUAUCCACAAGUUUAGAUAGAAUUUAUAAGAGUUAAUCAAAUUUAAAAAAAUGCAAAUUAUUCAUUAAAGAAAUGUUAAUUAGUCUAGAUCGAAUUUCUAAAAAUGUCAGUUACUAAGUCGCAAGACUYCGGUCUUACCUUUUCAGAACAAGGACGCCUGGGUAUUUGAAUUCUCUUUUUUAUAGUUAUAUUUGGAUAUUCAAAUAAGAAACUUAAGUGUAUCUCAUAAAUUUAGACCGCUUUUGUGGUCUUUUCUCCUUGUUUUCGAAGAAAAAAGUACAUCAAUAAAGCUUUACUAAGAAGAAACGAAAGUUCUACUAUAAUUGUUCAAACUUUCAUGUUACAAUGGGAUGCCAUUUUGACCUAUAACUGCAUAAUAUCCGUUUUAAAAUGCAAUUUUCAAGUUGUAUAGUAAUAUUACAUUAAUUUACACUAAUUUAUUGGAUUUUUUCAAUAAAUCUAACMCUUCAAAAUUG